UGAAGUGCUGGCUGCUAUGAGCAUCACAGGUGUGUGUUGUGUAUCAACUACAAUGAGAAAGCAGUAGAAAUGAACUCGAGCAUAGUAACUAGAUUAUGUAAUAUGAUGCAGUGUGUGAUAUUGAACUAAAUACAACGCCACGUUAUUUUAUAAUGGGUGAUAUUGAACUAUAAAUAUAACGCCACGUUAUGUUUGCAAUGCACUUUUUCCCCACUGAAAGUAAAGAAGCUUGCAUAAAAUACAUGAAACAAAAAAAAAAAUGUAAGAUAUAAUGUGAAAUAAAAACGUGGGAAAAAGAGAAGAGCUGUAGUAAAUUACAUAAAGGAGGAUCGAAGGAGCGAAUGAGGGAUGACACGAAGGAAGAUGAUAAAAUUAUGUUAAAUAUAAAGGAUGUAUUUAAGUGAUGUAUAAAAAGUGAAAAUGUGCCACAGUAUAAGUUAAUGAAGAAGGAAGAGGAAAAUGAGCCAAAAUCAAGGCGGCCACAGGAAAGAAAGGAGUAUCAGCUGACCGAGGCAGGUGGACGGGUUGGCUGUGUGCUUUCGCCUCUCCUCACGUAACGCAGGAUGCAGCAAUUUUACUGGCAACUAUGUAUGCUACAAAGUAGAGUCAUCAGACCCAUUCCAACCCACAUGCAGCUAUCAACAACCACUGCAUUGAAUUCUCAGAAGCCAAAGAGAAAAGUGAAGAAGCACACAACAACUAUCACAGUCCCAGAGGAAGCCAAGUGUGACUGCAUUGGUCCCCCUCAUCCUCUAAGCAACCUGCGGCAUACCAGGUUCUAUGUGCCACCUGAUGAGACCAUCCUGGAGCGCCAGUACCGCAAGGCUCGCCAACACACCCAGGAGUGGAAUCAGGCAUUCUGGGCCAGCCAUAAUGCUAACUUCAAGAAGAUGAGGCAAGAGUUUAUCCAGAACAACCUAAGACAAAAAUAUGGAGACAGCACAGGGAAGCAAACACUCACAUCUGAUGAAAUGUCCAAGUUUUACAAGAGCUUCCUAGACAAACACCUUGACAUGCACAGAGAGUACAACAAGGAAUGGUACAAGAGGAAUGUGAAGAAUCUCUUUCUCUCUGCCAGAGUUUGGCUGCAGCAAAAAAUGAGCAGCAAUAGAUGACAAAAUUACGUGGCUUAAAUCUUGCCUCCAUGUCUAGUCUUCUGCAGUGAUGCAGGAAACACCUUGUGGGCAUUGAAGACAGCAGCACCGGUGAUGCAAAAUCAACACAAACUUUACACAAGUAGCAAUAUGCAACAGUCAUGUACAUUUUUUCUAGACUUUAAGACUGCAAAUAAUUGCAGAUUUUACUAAUAAAGUUUUAAAAGUA